AUGUCCUCCACCACGAUCGACGUCGACUCUGCGGACACGAAUCAGAUCAACUACAAACCUACCGCUGACUAUCCAUGGUACUUCACGCACUCGGAUAACCAGCAGGUGUACGACUCCACGCUCAGCGAGACGCAUGGGCCCUCGAGUGCUGUCUUCGACUUCACAGGCACAGCCGUGACUGUGUACGGUACGCUCCCGUCUCCGCAAAAUGGGAGCGCGAUGCCCGUCUCGAGCUACGCGCUCGACGGUGCGACACCGAUCUCGUUCGUCCCGUCCGUAGUGACGACUGAGGUCGACGGCGUGAGCUUCUUCUCCAUAUCAUCCCUCGCGAACACGCACCACGAGCUCGUCAUCAGUGUCACGUCCGCGAGCGCCGCUGCGCCGUACCUGCUCGACUACAUCGCGUAUGUGUCCGUUGCGAGCUCGAGUGCGCCCUCGCCGCCCUCCACCCCACCGGUGCAGCCGACAACGCAGCCAUCCGCCUCGCCCACGCCCACACCAACGCCCACACCAACACCAACACCGUCGCCCACACCCACCCCGUCGUCGCAGACUAGCUCCCAGGCGUCACCAUCAUCGUCGUCUUCGUCACCAUAUUCAUCCCAAAGUUCUUCCGUGUCGGGUUCCUCGCUGUCCGCGUCAACGUCACUCUCGGCGCUGUCUUCGGUAUACCAGACGCUAACGAAUACAGACGUAACGCACCUAAGCUCGACAGCGCUCUCUGCGACAUCCAGCGGUUCGUCGUCGUCGUCCUCUGCCAGCCAAACUGCGCUGGGAGCGGCAGCGCACACGAGCUCGACUUCGAAGCCGGUGGGCGCCAUCGUGGGCGGAGUCGUUGGUGGUGUGGCGGGGCUUGCCCUACUGCUCGCUGCACUAUAUUACUUCUUUUUCAGACGCAACCGGGAAAUGGUCACUCCUUACGUACACCCAGAAAGCACCCUGGAAGGUCGGCAACCGCAGCUCCCUCCAGCACCCACCUAUAAUCCCUACUCCCACCCAUCCUACGCAGCACCGGGGUCCGCCGCACAGAUGGCAGAGCCCGCACUAGCCUCCGGCGCGCUCCUCGCCUGGCAGAGCUCACCCUCCGUGCACGCAGCGGCGGCGUCACCCGACCCCUCAGCAGGCGGUGGCAUCGCGUACUACCCUUCCUCGAGCGAGCACCGCUCCUCGACAAGCGCGUUCGCGCCUUCCGCCGCAAGCGCGAGCGCGCCGCUGUUGACGCCCACUCCUCCUUCGUCCAUCGGGGGCUCGUCCUCCGAGCGGGCCAGACGGGCGCGGGGAUUGGGCGCAGGCGCGGGCUCGCUGGGCACUAAGGAGCCGUCCUCAUCGUUCAUGCACGUCCGCAAUGACGCGCCUGCGCCGGCACCAGCGGGGCAGGCCCAGACGCCGUACGAGGACUCGGGCCUGCGCUUCGCGCCGCGCGUGCCCCCGUCUGAGGUUGGGACGGUUGAUCCUCCACCGCCGCUGUAUACACCGGACUAA